AUGACUACUUCAUCUUUCUCUUUCAUAAACCCUAAGUCACCCCCGUCGACGUCGGUGAAGGCCAUGGCCACUGGCAAAAUCUCCUCGAGUACUCCACAGAAAAGAACCAGAAGCGAUUCCGCUUUUGAAGCUCGAGUCUCUCUCGUCCUCGCUCUCGCCUCCCAGACCUCCUCUCUCUCUCAGAGACUUUUGAUGGAUUUGGCGACUGAGACUGCGAAAUACGUGUUCCCGCAGAGGAGGUUUGAAGCUCGGAAUUUGGAAGAAGCGUUGAUGUCAGUUCCCGAUCUUGAAACGGUAGAAUUCAAGGUUUUGAGCCGCACAGACCAGUAUGAGAUAAGAGAAGUUGAGCCUUACUUUAUAGCUGAGACAACAAUGCCUGGGAAGUAUGGAUUUGAUUUUAAUGGUGCAUCUCGAUCUUUCAAUGUAUUGGCGGAGUAUCUGUUUGGUAAGAAUACAAUGAAGGAGAAAAUGGAGAUGACUACACCAGUUUUUACUCGUAGGAUUGAAUCUGAUGGGGAGAAAAUGGAGAUGACGACCCCUGUCAUAACUACAAAGGUGGAUUUCUUUUGCUCUUUGAAAUUGGAUCUAAGACAACAAUUUGAUGAGGCUAUUGCAUUCUCAUGUGCUCAGGCUAUUAACUUUGGGUUGUAG